CUGAGUUUUUCGCUUUCCGAGUCAUGAGAUCUCCUCCAAAACCACUCAAAGAAAACCUUCCAUGGAGCCAAACCACAGCCCAACUUGCCCCUGACUCAGUCCCAUCUCGCCCACCACCAAAACUCGCCACGCCACCAUGCUCAAAGGCAAAAAGCUCAAGCUACCCGAUCGGCUCGGCAGCUUAGUCGUCGGAUUUGACGACAAGGAUGAAGAUAGCGGAGGUUCCGAUUCGGUUUUGGAGUCUGGAGAAGAGCUCGAGAUCAUUCAACCAAACGGAUUCGGGUCGGGUCGUGAAAGUGAGACUGAUGAUGAUGGUGAAAUUGAAGAGGACGCAAUGGUGAAGAGGAAGGCGAAAGUGGAUGGAGAAUUGGAGCAAAAAGGGAGGCAGAGACACGAAAAAGACGGGUGGGGUCAUGUUUUGGUAAUGAAAAUUAUUGAAACGGAUGAGAAAAGGUCUGAUAUUGAGUAUGAGAUAUCUCAGAAGGAGGUAAAUUUGGAAAAAUUGCAAAGAAUCGCUAGCACAGGGCUUCCUGAUGGAGGAGGUCUGCGUGCAACAGUUUGGAAGCUGCUCCUGGGUUUCUUACCUCCAUCUCGGGACUUAUGGGAAAAAGAGCUAACUGAAAAUCGGCAAAAAUAUUCUAAGCUGAAAGAGGAGCUUCUGUUAACUCCUUCAGAGCUUGCAAGGAUUAAAGAAGAAGCUUUGCACUCUACUGAGCAUAAUGCUGAUGUUGAUACUGAUGGACCACUUACACGACAAAAAAUUUCUCAUGAAGAUCACCCUUUGAGCCUUGGUAAGGCUAGUGUCUGGCAUCAAUACUUCGAGCAUACAGAGAUUGCAGAACAGAUUGACCGUGAUUUGCAACGCACACAUCCUGAAAUGAAAUUCUUCUCCGGAGAGUCAUCAUUCAGCAGGAAACACAGGGAAGCAAUGAGGAAUAUUCUUCUCCUAUUUUCAAAACUCAAUCCUGCUAUUCGUUAUGUCCAAGGCAUGAAUGAGGUCUUGGCACCAUUAUACUAUGUAUUUAGCACUGAUAUAGAUGAGCAGAAUGCAUCUAACGCAGAAGCAGAUAGUUUUUCUUGUUUUGUCCGCCUCAUGAGUGACUCAGUGGAUCACUUCUGUCAGCAAUUGGAUAAUAGUUCUGUGGGCAUACUGUCUACUCUUUCCCGCUUGGCAGAGUUAUUGAAGGCGAAUGAUGAGGAACUAUGGCGGCAUCUUGAAUUCACAUCUAAGGUUAAGCCUCAGUACUAUGCAUUCAGGUGGAUCACUUUGCUACUUACUCAAGAAUUCAAUCUCCAAUCUAUCUUAAGAAUCUGGGAUUCUCUUCUGAGUAACCCUUUUGGUGUGCAGGAUAUGCUUCUACGUGUAUGCUGUGCCAUGCUGUUGUGUGUGAAAAGCAGGCUUUUGAGCGGUGAUUUCGCAGCUAACUUAAAGCUAUUACAACACUACCCUGAUAUUAACAUAGAACACCUUCUACUAGUAGCCCGAGAUCUUAGUCCGGACACCUCUUCCUAUCGUUUGUCUUUGUAAAUUCACAUUGCAUGCACUUUUGCAGACAAAGGUAUCUCUUUACAUGAUUUGCAAUCCUGAACGAUGUUUCAGCUGCUGCACAAGUUGUUAUCCAGAACAUUUUCAUCAUAUUUUUGAAGGAUGGAAAUUAUUUGGCAGCAAUUAGACUGAAAUUACCGCCAA